UUUUGGUGUUUGAAUUUGUUGAAUGAAGAGAAGCGGAGUCGAUCUCGAAGAGAUCGCUACGAAACAACGCGGAGAAGUUUGAGUUUCAAGCCGAAGUUUCGCGACUUAUGGAUAUUCUCAUCAAUUCGCUUUACAGUAACAAAGAUAUCUUCCUUAGGGAGCUUAUUUCAAAUGCUUCUGAUGCAUUGGACAAGAUUAGGUUCCUUUCUCUAACUGUUAAAGAGAUUUUGGGUGAAGGUGACAACGCCAAGCUUGAAAUCCAGAUUAAGUUAGAUAAGGAAAAGAAAAUUCUAUCUAUUAGAGACAGAGGUAUUGGUAUGACAAAGGAGGAUUUGAUAAAGAAUUUGGGGACCAUAGCUAAAUCUGGAACUUCUGAAAACAAUUGCUUCGCCAGGACGUGGUAUUUUGGCCAUGGAUAAAUCCAAUGCUACAUGUGGAAAGCGGUUGGAUUCAAUUGAAUUAGAGAACACCGAAGCUAACCGUCAAGCAAGGCGUAAAAUUAUAUAUGAAGAAAGUGUUAUGACUUAGUUAAAAUAUAAUUUUUAUGUGUAUGAUUUUAUAAUACUUGAAAUAUUAUGA